UGUCAUCGGUUGGGUAGGGACCGACCGUGUUUAGUAAUAGUCGGCGUCUUUGGUACUUGUCUAGUGCUGUUUGGUAUCUCCCCAAAGCUUCCCAAAUACCUCCCACGGACCCUAGCAUGGGUGCAUGCUCAUUACCAUAUUAACUGGUAUGGGGUGGGGUGUUUUCUAUGUGUAGAUUUGAUGCUUUUCCACAAAUUUGGGGUGCAUGAAUAUUCCUGUUGCUUCACUGUUAACUAG